UUCGCCAAUUUCCGCCGCAUCCUGCGCCUGUCCACCUUCGAGAAGAGAAAGUCCCGCGAAUAUGAGCACGUCCGGCGGGACCUGGAUCCCAACGAAGCCAUCUCUGCCAUUGUUCCAGGUUGCGGUUCAUUGGCUGACUCGGUCACCUCCCCGUCCCUGAGCCAGUCACUCUGUGCUGAUUGGCUGAGUCAGCCACCCACUUCCCGAGAUAGGGGCGGAAUUCCCUCUUGCCUCCAUUGCAUCUCGGGGCCUGGGAAUGUGGGCGGCUUAGCUCUGCUGCAGAAAAAUCCGGGAAGUGCCAAGAACAAGGAGACGGGUGCCCUGGCCGCCGCCAAAGUCAUCGAGACCAAGAGCGAGGAGGAGCUGGAGGACUACAUUGUGGAGAUUGAGAUCCUGGCCACCUGUGACCACCCCUACAUCGUGAAGCUCCUGGGGGCCUACUACUACGACGGCAUGCUGUGGAUCAUGAUCGAGUUCUGUCCGGGGGGAGCUGUGGAUGCCAUCAUGCUGGAGCUGGACCGAGGCCUCACCGAGCCCCAGAUUCAGGUCGUUUGCCGCCAGAUGCUAGAAGCCCUCCACUUCCUGCACGGCAAGAAGAUCAUCCACCGGGACCUGAAGGCCGGCAACGUGCUGAUGACCCUGGAGGGCGACAUCCGGCUGGCUGACUUUGGUGUGUCUGCCAAGAAUCUGAAAACUCUGCAAAAACGAGAUUCCUUCAUCGGAACGCCUUACUGGAUGGCCCCCGAGGUGGUGAUGUGCGAGACCAUGAAGGACACCCCGUACGACUACAAAGCCGACAUCUGGUCCCUGGGCAUCACUCUCAUCGAGAUGGCCCAGAUUGAGCCCCCGCACCAUGAGCUCAACCCCAUGCGGGUCCUGCUCAAGAUCGCCAAGUCCGACCCCCCCACGCUGCUCACCCCUUCCAAGUGCCUCUGCCUGCCCUCCUCGCCCAGCCCAGGUGGGCUAAUCCGUGUCCUGUCCCCGCAGCAUCCCUUCGUCAGCGGCGUCACCAGUAACAAGGCUCUGCGGGAGCUGGUGGCCGAGGCCAAGGCCGAGGUGAUGGAGGAGAUUGAAGACGGCCGGGAGGAGGCGGAGGAGGAGGACUCUGUGGACGCCACCUCACCCCUAGGGGACCACACUCGCACCUCUUCCGAGGUGAGUCAGGCAAGCCUCGAUGCCAACAAGCCUCUCCAGGAGCCACCUGCCACUCCAGUGCCACCCGGCCAGCCUCAGGACCAGGAGAACGGGCCCAGCCUGCCGCCCUCUGGGGACAGUUCCCUCCAGACUACCAAGCCCCCGGAUGUGGCCGCAGGGAAUGAGAAUGGCCUCGCAGUGCCCGUGCCUCUCCGCAAGUCCCGGCCAGUGUCGAUGGGCCCCAGAAUUCAGGUGCCCGAGGAGAAGCAGGGGGCUGACCAGGCUGGCGACCUCAGUCCCGCAGCCAGCCGGCCCCGGAAGACAAGCCAGAGCCGUCCCAUCAGCAGCGCCCUGGAGACCUUGGGCAGCGAGAAGCUGGCCAACGGCAGCCUGGAGCUCCCCGCCCCGGCCUCUCCUUCCAAGAGGGACUCGGACUGUGGCAGCCUGUCCACCUCCGAGAGCAUGGACUACAGCACCUCCCUGUCAGCUGACCUGUCCCUGAACAGAGAGACGGGCUCUCUGUCCAUCAAGGACUCCAGGCUGCACAAUAAGACCCUCAAGAGGACACGCAAGUUUGUGGUGGACGGCGUGGAGGUGAGCAUCACCACCUCCAAGAUCAUCAGCGAAGAUGAGAAGAAGGACGAGGAGAUGAGAUUUCUCAGGCGCCAGGAACUCCGAGAGCUUCGGCUGCUCCAGAAAGAGGAGCAUCGGAACCAGAACCAGCUGAGCAGGAAGCACGAGCUGCAGCUGGAGCAGAUGCAUAAACGUUUUGAACAAGAAAUCAACGCCAAGAAGAAGUUCUUUGACACGGAGCUGGAGAACCUGGAGCGUCAGCAGAAGCAGCAGGUGGAGAAGAUGGAGCAGGACCACGCUGUGCGCCGCCGGGACGAGGCCAAGCGGAUCCGCCUGGAGCAGGAGCGGGACUACACCCGGUUCCAGGAGCAGCUCAAGCUGAUGAAGAAGGAGGUCAAGAACGAGGUGGAGAAGCUCCCCAGGCAGCAGCGGAAGGAGAGCAUGAAGCAGAAGAUGGAGGAGCAUGCGCAGAAAAAGCAGCAUCUUGACCGGGACUUCCAAGCCAAGCAGAAGGAGGACCUGGAGCUGGCGAUGAAGAAGAUCACGGCCGACAACAGGCGGGAGAUCUGUGACAAGGAGCGCGAGUGCCUCACUCGGAAGCAGGAGCUCCUUCGAGACCGGGAGGCGGCCCUGUGGGACAUGGAGGAGCAUCACCUGCAGGAGAGGCACCAGCUGGUCAAGCAGCAGCUCAAGGACCAGUACUUCCUCCAGCGGCACGAGCUGGUGCGCAAGCACGAGAAGGAGCGGGAGCAGAUGCAGCGCUACAACCAGCGCAUGGUGGAGCAGCUGAAGGUGCGGCAGCAGCAGGAGAAGGCGCGGCUGCCCAAGAUCCAGAGGAGCGAGGGCAAGACGCGCAUGGCCAUGUACAAGAAGAGCCUGCACAUCAGCGGGGCGGGCAGCGCUGCCGAGCAGCGCGAGAAGAUCAAGCAGUUUUCCCAGCAAGAGGAGAAGAGACAGAAGGCAGAGCGGCUGCAGCAGCAGCAAAAACACGAGAACCAGAUGCGGGACAUGGCGGCCCAGUGCGAGAGUAACAUGAGCGAGCUGCAGCAGCUGCAGAAUGAGAAGUGUCACCUCCUGGUAGAACAUGAAACCCAGAAGCUGAAGGCCCUGGACGAGAGCCAUAACCAGAACCUGAAGGAAUGGCGGGACAGGCUUCGGCCACGCAAAAAGGCUCUGGAAGAAGAUCUGAACCAGAAGAAGCGGGAGCAGGAGAUGUUCUUCAAACUGAACGAGGAGACGGAGUGCCCGAACCCCACCACCCCAAACAAAGCCGCCAAGUUCUUCCCCUAUAGCUCUGCUGAUGCUUCCUAACAGCCACGCGGGCUGUGGCUGGCAGGCCGGCGGGCCUCUGGGCCCUCCCACUCUCUGUGAGCAAGUAACUCAGGACCCCUCCCUCUUGCUUCCACACCAGCUCGAAGCCAGCCCCUUGCCCGAGUGACCCGUGUUCCUGACUUGGCGCUCACUCAUGGAGGGCCGCCUAAUUUUAAUAUAUGUUCUCUUUGAACCCCAGGCCCCUUCAAGCAGUCAGUGAUUCGGGUUGUGGGUGUGGUCAGGGUCCCAGAGCAACGAGUGUGCUGUCGCCCUGAGGCCCCUCCUGUUUGCCAAAACACCAGUUUUCGCUGUCUGUGGGUGCAAAGUGCUGCCGCUGAAGUCACCAUGGGCUCGUCCAAAUGAUGUGAUUUUUGGUGGCUUUUCAGCCAUUGCCUGCAGUGUCAGACAAGAAUUAGGGCUCCUCACAGCCAGCUGCUCAGGGGGUGCCCUCAUUUCUCCACUUUCCCCAACUUGCUUUCCUCUUGAGGCCAUGUCUGCAAUGGGAGAGCCAGAACUGUUCAUUCUCCUGGUCCCAGGCCUUUCAUGCCAUUUUGUCUCCCACUUCCUGCACACACGCCCCCCUGGGCCUCUCGUACCAGGUGGGCUGGAGCACAUUUGCUGCCUGAGCCACUGAGUAUGUUAGGUGGAGCCGCUGGCAUGGGGCAUGUUGGCACCAGAGGCACAAGAUGGUACGGGGUGAACAGUCUGAUUCCUUUUGGCCCCCAUGUGGUAGCGUGUGUUCAGGGACAAGUGGGUGUGUUCACCACCCAGCACUUCCACAACCCAGUCUGUUUCCAUCUCACAUCUGCCCAGGUGAAAUGGGAAGCUGUCUGCCUCUGCCCUGUGCUCCGAGUUCUGGCGUCUGGCCUGAUACUUCAGAGGGCUGGCAGUCCUCAGGAAGCAAAAGCAUCAGGGAGAAACUAAUGCUCCCCCCAGUCUCCUCCACCCCGAACAUGGCAGAAGCAAAGCUUCUGUAGCUCAGACAGAAUCCGGGGCCUUUGGGUCAUCCGUUGGCCUCCCAGAUUCUGACCGCCAAGGCCGCAGCGUCGGUAACCCAAUGAAGGCAAAUGCUCAAACUGGCAUUGGGCUUAUUUACAAAGAAAACUUCUUUAACCUUGAUUUCUAACUUGAAACAAAUGUAAAUGAAUGGCUUCUUCAGGAAGAUACCUGCUUUAAAGAAACAAGACAGAAAACGGAAGGUGAUUUUGAGAAAUCAUAUGGGCACAUUGAGUCUGGGCGCUAAUCUGCUCGUGACAGAGUGAAUGCCAGCCCCAGGACUUUCUCCUUCAUUCCUUAUGGUUAGGUUCGAAGCUUUGUCUUUCUAAAGCAAAGUCUUCUUAGCACUGGCUGUAAUCCUCUCCUGGAUCUUGCAAAGGGAGAGUCGCCAUUCAGAAGAAGGGACUCCGGGUGCCCAAGUCUCACAGAUGCAGAAAGAUGCCCUGGAGGCCGUGGGAAGGCGAUGGUCCUCUUAGGUUAGUGAGCAUCCAGCUCGCCUGCUUCGGGAUUUGACCCACACGGGACACUGGUCAGGUAUCAACAAAUGAAACAAUUGUCCCUUUUGACUCUCUUAGGUGCACAGGUGCUGGAAAAUGUGAACCAGCAGCAGUGUAGCUACAGAGCGUAGGCCCAGUUCUGCCAGGGCAGGCCAGUACUGGCGAAUGGUCAGGUGGGGCUGAUGUGGGCUUUGUUUACAACACAUUGCCUUUUGCAGCCUGGGGUGUGAGAAUGAGUAUUAGGUUUUAUGGCUCAGGCAAGUCGUUGGUCCUUUCCUUACGUGACUUGCCAUUCACGUUGGAAUCGUAUUCGAGUUGCUGUUUCCCUGCUCAGUGCCACCGGAGCCCUAACAGGUUCCCUGUCAUUCUGGACGGGGUCUGGUUGGGCCUUCCAGCCUCACAACUGAGCCAGUGUGCACUGCCCAUCGCGGAGAAGGCCCACAGUGUUCCUCAGGCCGUGCUAACGUUUCCUCUGUAAGGGACAGAAGAAACUUCCUCCUUUUCAGUCAAUUUAUGGCAGAGUAUAUAUAACUAACUUAUACGUUCCCUUUAUGAAGGAUAGAAGUUAUUUUUAUGUAGUUCCCAAACUUUAUACAAAGUUUUGUAAAAUGUUCUCUGCAAAGUUAACUGCGAGAAUGUAAAUAUGCUUCUAAUAAAAUAACAAAGGGAGAAACUCUAUUUGCCUUUGGGGUUCUUCUCUUGGGCUGGAGUGGGAAAAGCAGGGCACACUUCUCCACAUUGGCCAGACAAGAACGGGUUUACCAGCUCCUGAGCACACUGGUCAUACAGCAGGUGACUUUAGGUUAUCUGUUCUGAAAGGCACGCCUGGCUCUCUGUGUGUGUUUUCUCUCUAUAGACGUUAACUAUUAUUCUCAUUUAACAACAUUCAACCACCAAGAGUUUUCACAUAUUAACUUAAUUGAAUCCUUUCAAUAACCCAUGAGGAAGACACCAUCAUUCCCAUUUUAUAGAUGAGGAAAUGGGAACUCAAUUCAAUCAAUUUUGUUAAGAACAAAAUAUUGGGAACCACCUGACUACUAAAAGGAUUUUUUAUAUUGUCACUGGAGAAAUUCAGGUUCUCAGAGCAUGCCAGAGACUCUUUACCGGGAUUUAAUAAGUGAAUAUUAAUCAUACCUGCAUAGCAGAGAUCAUCCUAUUUGUUCAGCAAAUUCUACUUCAUUUCUUUUUUAGUCACACAGAAGAGCACAUCCUUUAGCAGCCCUUCCAGCCUCUCAGGACUGAGUGAGUGGGCACUAACCAAUGAACAGUGUGCAGGAACGACUUUCUGAGAUAAGGCAGUUAAUAGCUAGUGCACCUCCCCUCUUUCCCAUUAAUACCGGAGACCAUGAAUGGCAGAUGGUCUAACUUUAAGAUAGAGAGCUGGCUGACCACUUUGGACUUCACACAAACAGAUAGGUGUAUUAAGGUGUGAAAACUUCGUAAUGGGUCAGCUUGGCUAGGAAACUACAUUUCCCUGGAUUUUGUUGUCUGUUUCUGAUUGGGUGGGCCACAAGGCAGAUUCCUGUGACGGAUUUGGGGCGGGGGGUGGAAGUGAAACUGCAGUCAUUUUGUAGCCCAAAUACAUCUUGUCGAUCAGCUCACUCACCUCCGUGGUAUGAGGAGUGGCUGGUUCUGCAAUGGCUCC